AUGAGGUACCUGGAGAAAACAAGUGGAGAUGUCCAAGAGGCACCUGGAGGGCAGCUCGGAAGCCCCAGGCCUCUGGCUCUUUCUUCUACAAUGAGUGAUGCCCAAGAUCCUACCACAAUCCCUGCGGUUGGCACCCAGGUGAAGCUGAGGGGCUGGAGCCGUCAAGGGGAAGGGGGUGAGUCUUUCCAUUUCCGCCGGCACCAGGAGCUCCAGGCCUUCCUCAGCCUUUUGGAGCACAGUUUCCUCCAGGAUUUCCUCUCCAAAGAUCCCUGUUUCCAGAUUUCAGAUAAGUAUCUCCUGGCCAUGGUGCUGGUCUACUUCCGGCGCGCCAACCUGCAGCUCAGCGAGUACACCCACAGCAAUCUGUUCCUGGCACUGUACCUUGCAAAUGACAUGGAGGAAGACCUGGAGGACCCCAAAAGCGUGAUUUUUCUGUGGGCCCUGGGCCAAGAUUGGCAUCGUCGAGUGUCAGACUUCCUGUGUCAGAGGGACAAGCUAUGGGCACGGAUGGGCUUCAGGGCCGUUGUGAGACGCCAGAGCUGCGAGGAGGUCAUGGCCAAGGAGCCGACCCACUGGGCCUGGACUCGGGAGAGGCAUCCCCACCAUGGCAGGGCUCAGAGGAGCUACCCAAAGGCUCAGAUACCCCUUCCCCGGGGCCCCGGCCUCUCGCCACCCCACUGUCCCCUGUGUGGCUUACCCCCUUGCCGCAGCCACCGCUGCCACCACCCCUGCCCCCUGCCUGUCAUAUCCAAGUGCCCUUCCCAAAACCCUGAGCGGCACCGCCCUCCCUCCCAAGCUUGUCUCUCAGUGGCUGGAGACUCCUGGAGUGGGGCCUUCCUCAUUGUCCUGCCCACCCAGCUGCAACUGGAGCCAGGCACCUACACCCUCCACAGUGAGUAG